UAGAAUUCUACGCUAAGCGGAAUAUAUUCCAAAAUAGGUAGACAAUAUUGCUAGAGGUGAAAUGUUUUUAUUUUUAUAAUUUAUUGAAACUUCGGCCCCUAGUUUACUAUAUUUUAUGAUGAUGCGAUCAGCUGCUGCAUCCCUGCGACUCCCUUACACCUGUCUAGUGGCUGCAGCCAAUCAGUUACGUACAUACAACCAUCUUCCAUGUCUUGCAAGAUCUCUCCAUCACAGUCCAGUAUGUCAGACGUUAGACAGAGAUCAUCCAUUCAAGAAAUUUGUUUCAAAGAAACCCGGUGAAAUGGACGAACUAGCAACUCCUGAAGGAGAAGUGGGAGAGGAGAAAAUUGAAGAAUUUAGACCUGGUACACUGUUUCCAACUUUGGAAACGAAUGCGAUGGCGAUUGGCAGUGUCCGUUUUGAUGAGUUGCCCAUCGUCCAUGUGAAAGCCACACCCAGUAACACUGUGCUGUGUACCACAGAUUACAAAGGCAUGCCAGUGGCAUCAGAAUCAGCUGGAACUGUAGGAUUUCGGAAUGCCAGGAAAGGAACCAAUAUAGCCGCGCAAGCCGCUGGGUUGUCUUUAGGAGAGAAAAGUGUUAAAAAAGGAAUCACAAAUGUGCGUGUGUGUCUGAAUGGAUUGGGACCAGGAAGAAUGCCAGCUGUUAAAGGUCUCCAGAUGGCUGGAAUAACAAUCAUAUCUGUUACGGACACCACUAAACACUGUCACAAUGGCAGAAACAAGCCACGGAAAGCCAGAAGACUAUAAUUUGUUACACAGCUAAACAUUGUCAUACUGAUAGACAGGCCAAGAAAAGCCACAAGGCUAUACCUUGUUGUUAAUUUUACACAGCUAAACAUUGUCUUUCCAGUAGAAAGAAGCCAGGGAAAGUAAGAGACUACCGUAUUUUUCAUUUUACCAGCAUGUGUAUUUAAAUAAAAAAGAACUAAACAGUGGAUGAGUAGAGUGUUUUUAUUCUCAAGUGAAAUUCAUCUUGAUACGAGACUCAAAGUGCUAAAUGUGUUACAGCAGAUUUCAAUACAAUUGUGUGUUCUGUGAAAUAAUGUAACUGAUGUACAGUUAAUAUUGUGGUGACUGUAAUGGUUUUAUAGAUAAAUGUAUUGCCCUA